AUGCCAUCACUCAAGGCGCUCGGCAAGCGCAGAGCGCUCGACGAUGAUGCUUUGGCUUCAGCAUUCUCAUUGACGCCCGCCGUUCAAGAUGCCGCGUUGGCUGCACGAGCGCCAAGUCCGUCAUGGUCCACAGGACGGCAAUUCGGCAUUGUCGUCGAUGCAGGCAGCUCAGGCUCGAGGCUGCAAGUGUACUCCUGGCUCGAGCAUGAUCUCGCGCGUCAGGAGCUACGCGCAAAAGGCGAGGGCUUGUCGAGCAUGCCGAAAGUGACAAAAGGCGUCGAGAAAGGAGACGAUUGGCACAUCAAGGUCGAGCCAGGUUUGUCGUCGCUUGGGCCGAAUCCAGCAGGCGUAGGCGACUAUCUACAGCCUUUACUCGACCACGCGCUGAGGAUUGUACCUCCUGACAAAGUAGCGAGUACGCCCAUACAUGUACUCGCAACAGCGGGCAUGCGACUCUUGCCCGACGAACAACGCAUUGCUGUUCUACAAGAGACAUGUCGCUAUAUUCAAAAGCAUGCCGAUUUCAGAUUGACCGAUUGCGCUUCACAAGUCAGAGUGAUCACAGGCGAGGAAGAGGGCGUGUUCGGCUGGGUAGCAGUCAACUACCUCAUGGACGGCUUCGAUUCACAUGUGCAUACGGACCAAGGCGGUCACAAUGAUCACCUCACGUCAUCCACGUUCGGGUUCCUGGACAUGGGUGGCGCGAGUACACAGAUCGCAUUUGAACCUACUGCCAAGGAACGCGCUCACGAUCCUGCUCCCCUUGUCGAUGUACGACUGAGGCUCCUAGACGGCAAAGACGUCGUCCAUCCCGUCUUUGUGACCACCUGGCUCGGCUACGGCACAAACAAGGCGAGGGAGCGCUAUGUUGACAGUCAAAUCGGCGUAUACCAAGAGACACAUCCCGAGCCAGAGCAUGCCAUUGAAUCCGAGAAGCCAGUCGUGAUGGUCCAAGACCCUUGCCUGCCCAAAGAUCUCGUCUUGCAAGAACGUCGACAUGCUGGUUAUGCACUACAAGGAACAGGCGAUUUUGUGGCCUGUCUCAAGCGGACCAGCCCUCUGCUCAACAAGGAAGCCCAAUGCGAAGUCAAGCCGUGUCUGUUCAACGGUGUCCAUGUUCCCCGUAUCGACUUUUCAGUCAAUCAUUUCAUUGGCAUAUCCGAGUACUUCUACUCUACUCACGAUGUUUGGGACAAGGGAGGACCGUACGACUUUGUCGAAUUCGAGAAGAAUGCUCUGCAGUUCUGUGCGAGGGACUGGAAGGAGAUACAGGCAGAUUACGCAGCAGGCGGCAAAUGGAAGCCCAACGUCAAUCUCGACAGGCUCGAGAUGCAAUGCUUCAAAGCAGCCUGGCUCAUCUCAAUCUUGCAUGAAGGCAUCGGUCUGCCACGUUUGCACGACAAGGGCGGCAAAGGUGAUGGAACUGAUCACGCCAAAGAGGCAAUACAACAAGCAGGCGAGAAAGGCCUGACCGAUCUUGCUAGCUUCCAAAGUCUGGCAGAAGUAGGCGACGUCGAAGUCUCUUGGACAUUAGGCAAGAUGAUCUUGGAGGUAUCGCAAUCCGUACAGCCCAUUGAAGGCGUCAAAUCGUUGCCUGAUGCGCUACACCCGCCCUCGUUGCAAGAUCAGAUAGGCCUGCCCGGCGACGCGACUUGGCAAGCGCGUCUUCGUGCACGAGCGAAUGGCAAUGAAUCCAUCGCGAUUGCUGCCAUCGUUUUUGUGUUGCUGCUCUGCUGGUGGCUACUGCUCGGGUCAAAUGCGAAAGCGCACCGACAGGCGGUCUUCCGAUGUUGCGAGCCCCGAGCGAGGCAGAAGGGUCGCGAGUCAGACUAUGUCAGGCUGAACGGUCUAGAAGACGGCAGCGGCCUACGCACGCCGGCUUCCUAUGCUGCAUCAUCUUCCAAGCGCCUCCCAUGGUGGCUCGAUCUUACGAGCAUACGUGUUAUCAGCCGCAACAUGUUAUCGAACCUCAAGAACUUUGCCAGACGCAGACAGCCGAGCAAUACUUACUUGCCUACGCAUGCUGCGCCUCAAGCACGACGGCCGUCGCUGUUGCAUCAUUCAGCGAGCAGCCCAGUGUUGCAUCAAUGGGAGCGUGUGUCUUCACCACGCACGUCACCCGAGAUCGCAGCACAUCAGUCGCAUCAUUCAGCCGGACAGUAUUCUCUCGGCAUCGCGAACCGCAGCGAGUCUCUCCUGGCAGCAACCGAACCGUACUAUAGUGCCUCGCUCACACCGAGCGCUGCUGGCGGGAUGGGCUGGCCAGGACCUGCAAUCAAACGUCCCAAAUCUCGCAAUGGACAUACGCGCAAUGCCACUAGCGAAGGAUUCAUCAGUGUACAUCUCCUCAACGGCAAUGCGCCACCAAGUCUACCAGUUGCCCAUGAGGUGGCUGAAGCGACAGCAUCGGCGAGCCCGCGCAUGAGCGGUGACGACCUGAACGGUCCGUCGGCUUUUGAGCGUGCUUCUGCAAGCCGGACGAGUUCUGUCAAUACCCUCAGUCGAUCUAAUAGCUCUCUCAACUUAGCAGCAAGCUACAGACGCAAAGGUGCCGCGUAA